UCGGCAAUUUAAUCAUAAUACCAAAAUAAACUACAUUUUCGGUGUGCUUAGAGUUCCUAUAUAAGUUAAAGCGUAUCUGAUAUAAUCUUUGAAUUCACUGAUUGGAAUAUUUGCAGUAAAGUGUGAAAGUGAAAACUUAACAUGCGGUGGAUUAAUAACGUUAUCACGGCAGUUCUUCUUAUUUGCAACGUUGUGCCAAUGUCUUCAAACAAAGAGACUUACUGUUAUGGAGAUAUAUGUAACAAGGCAACUGAUAACCAAUUCUGUUCAGAAUAUUUCAAAAUGUGCCGAAACUGCGCCGAUAUAAUCAUGGACUGUGGUACAGAGCAACAACCUUCAGCAUGUACACCAUAUUGCAUAAAUUAUAAAGUUGAGCUGGAGCUACAAAGGAAACAAGAUUCUAAUUGCUCAGUAUCGAGCACUAUGCUAAAUAUAACAGUCAAUACAACACACACUCAGCAAGAUGGAACCGUUGGGGUAGCAUGCGAAGACGGUUAUGAGCCACACUUUACCAACACAGCUCAGUGUGGAGAGUUUGGCAUAUUUCGUUUCUCGUCUCCAACAUGUGAAGUUAAAACCUGUGCUCUGUCACCCAUGGUAGCCAAUGCAUAUGUAACUCCGAAUCCAGACUCAAAUGGUCGUUUCUCCAUAAACACGACCGUCACAAUCACAUGUGAAGGAAGUUUCAGGCUCAUUGGUGCGAGCACAAUGAAAUGCCUCGGUGAUGAUAAAUGGACAGGCAGAGCACCAUCUUGCAUUGCCAGUCCGUACAUACGGUGGUAUAACGUUGGUUGUUACCUUGUAGCAACAUGCGUAGCUCUCUUUAUUCUUGCUGUCGUGCUUAUUUCUGCAAAUUUGUGGCAACAUCAUCAACGGAUCAAACUCAUUAAACAAAUGAAAGAGACAUCACGAAUAAAUAGUGGCUCAUCAGCUGAAAGUGGAAUAGAUGUUAAUGAAGUUGACGGUGAUGAGACUAGCCCGAUGAUGAAAAAUGGUCAUUUUACUGUUAUUGACGAGAAAGAUAAAGAUUCAAAUUAUUCAGUUAGCGGUAAAGAAGCUAGUAACCCGGGUAGACCUGUAGAUGUUACUCCAUCGGCACCACCACCCACAGAUUGUAGCUCUGAAAGUAGCCCGAGCGGUGUAACGAACCAUAACACAAAUUUUACAUAUUAUAAUUUAAAUGGAAAUAUCACACUCCAAACUGAUAAUGUCAAAACUGAAAAUAAUGACGACAAGAACGAUUACAAACCAGAUAGAAAACAACCAGAAGAAGAACAUGUACCGGAGAAAACACCAACUGAGGAGUCACAGACAACCGUUGUCGCUCUCCAAGAAACCAAGGACAGAACAUGUAAAGGAGCAAGACCAAUAAUAGAUUGUAGCGAUACUGACAUAGCACUUGACAGUGUGCCAAAAUGUCUAAAAAAACUACAUGUUGAUGACUGUUCAUAACCAUUUAAUUUUAUAUAAUGCUCUAUAGGUUUUUAAUUUAUGAUCUAUAGGGUAUUUAAUUUAUGCCCUACAGUGUAUUUAAUUUAUGAUCUAUAUGGUAUUUGAUUUAUGCUCUAUAAGGUAUUUGAUUUAUGCUCUAUAAUCUAAAAGGUAUUUGAUUUAUGCUCUAUAAGGUUUUUGAUUUAUGCUCUAUAAGGUAUUUAAUUUAUGCUCUAUAGGGUAUUUAAUUUAUGCCCUAUAGUGUAUUUAAUUUAUAAGGUAUUUGAUUUAUGCUCUAUAAGGCAUUUAAUUUAUGCUCUAUAAGGUAUUUGAUUUAUGCUCUAUAAGGUAUUUAAUUUAUGCUCUAUAAGGUAUUAAAUUUAUGCUCUAUAAGGUAUUUGAUUUAUGCUCUAUAAGGUAUUUAAAUUAUGUUCUAUAGGGUAUUUAAUUUAUGCUCUAUAAGGUAUUUAAUUUAUGCUCUAUAAGGUAUUUGAUUUAUGCUCUAUAAGGUAUUAAAUUUAUGCUCUAUAAGGUAUCUAAUUUAUGCUCUAUAAGGUAUUUAAUUUAUGCUCUGUAAGGUAAAUUUAUGUUCUAUAAGGUAUUUAAUUUAUGCUCUAUAAGGUAUUAAAUUUCUGUUCUAUAAGGUAUCUUAUUUAUGCUUUAUAAGAUAUCUAAUUUAUGCUCUAUAGGGUAUUUAAUUUAUGUUCUAUAGGGUAUUUAAAUUAUGUUCUAUAAGGUAUUUAAUUUAUGCUCUAUGGGUAUUUAAUUUAUGCUCUGUGGGUAUUUAAUUUAUGCUCUAUAGGGUAUUUAAUUUAUGCUCUAUAAGGUAUUUAAUUCAUGCUCUAUAGGGUAUCUAAUGUAUGCUCUAUAGGGUAGUAUGGUAUCUGAAACAGUUAUAUGGCAGAAUGUGUAUAGUAUUCAAAUGUCAUAUUAAAGGUAUAACACAUUUAAAGUUUACCUAGUAAGCACAUACACAUUUUUGUAAGUUUUCAAUAACAUUUACCUUUCGAAGAAUUAAGAAAUGCAUAAGGCUGCACAAUUUGGGAGUCGUAGGUCAAGAAGUGCUCAAGAUAUUUGUACUAACUGUCAUCCACUGUCCAAGAGCAAAGUGCAUAUCAAGUUUGAGGAACAUAAGUCAAAACGAGCGGAAAGAUAUUGCUAAUAGUCAGGCCGACGAACGGAUAUAUGGACAUGUGUUGUAACAUAAAAUAUCUUCUGGGGCUUAUUAAAAAUUGCAUUUUAACUGAAAUGGACAACUGGAUCAAUAUGUCUUAAUUUGCUGGUUAAGAAGUGUAAUAUGCUGACAAAAACGGUAAAAAUUUUAAAACAUAACACAUACUGUUUCGUCUGAAUACAAGCUUCACAGAUCGAGUUCCAAAAUCAAAACUGUGACUCAUAGAAAAAUAAAUGAUAAAAGAAAAUAGUAUUUUGUAUAAGGCGUAAAUGAUAAAAAAAACCCCAGAAUUUUGUAUAAGGCGAUAUUUAUACAUUUAUUUUUUUGUUUAGGUAUAUUGCAAAAAUAUAUAUAAGACUAUAUUUGUAGUAUCUAUAAUAAUAAUAAAAAUCAUUAUCAUCAUCAUCAUCAUCAUCAUCAAUUUUAAUAAAUGUGAUUCAUACUUAUUCAAAAUGUACAUAGUUUUGCUUUUCCAUUUACAUGUUUUUGUAUAGCCUGGCUCACCGGCUGCAUGGUUAUUUUUAUAUAAAUACUGCAAACAUUUUAUAGGAAUUUUAAGCCUCUAAAAAGCACAUUUUAUCUGUAUGUUCGGAGCCAGGGGCAAUAAAAUGUCAGUGUAGAAACAACCUGCUAGAGUUACUUCCCUCUUAAUGAAUAAAACAUAAACAAACAUAAGGACGGGAGCCAGUCUAGUCUUUGUACAAUUUAUUCUUUUAGAUAAUUAUAAUGAAUCUCGAGCCAAACAUGUAAAUACCAUAAAUAAAAAUAAAAUAUGAUAUAAUAGA